AAAGGGGGAGCCCCCACCCCCGGGCCGGGGGGCUCCAACGGGCCCACCUUCACCUACACGUUCCGCGGCGACCCGCACGCCAUGUUCGCCGAGUUCUUCGACGGGCGCAACCCCUUCGACACCUUCUUCGUGCAGCGCAACGGCGACGAUGAGGACGGCGACGAGGCCUUCAACACCUUCCACGUGGGGGGCUUCGGCAGCGUCAGCUUCCCGCGGGGCCGGGGGGGCGACGGCCGCAAGCAGGACCCCCCCGUGCUGUACGACCUGCGCGUGUCGCUGGAGGAGAUCUACAGCGGCUGCACCAAGAAGAUGAAGAUCUCCCACAAGCGCCUGGGCCCCGACGGCAAGACGGUGAGGAACGAGGACAAGAUCCUGACCAUCGAGGUGAAGCGGGGCUGGAAGGAGGGCACCAAGAUCACCUUCCCCAAGGAGGGCGACCAGACCCCCAACAACAUCCCGGCCGACGUGGUGUUCGUGCUCAAGGACAAGCCGCACGACGUGUUCCGCCGCGACGGCUCCGACAUCGUCUACCCGGCCAGGAUCAGCCUGCGCCAGGCGCUGUGUGGCUGCACGGUGACCGUCCCCACGCUGGACGGCCGCUCGCUGCCCAUGGUGUUCCAGGACGUGCUCAAGCCGGGGGUGAAGCGCCGCGUGCCCGGGGAGGGGCUGCCGCUGCCCCGCUGCCCCGAGCAGCGCGGGGACCUCGUCAUCGAGUUCGAGGUCAAGUUCCCCGACAGGAUCGCGCCGGCCUCCAAGCCCCUCCUGGAGCAGAUCCUGCCCCCCUAGGGCCCCCCAAACCCCGCGGGGGGCCGCGGACUCGGGGGGACCCCCCCGGAACAGCCCCGGCUCGGGGGGGCUCCUCCUCGGGGGGUUUUGGGGUGUCCCUGCCUGUCC